AUGAAGUUAUUUUAUGUGUUUAUGUUUUCAAUUCUAAGUUAUUGUGUGGGUCAUACAAAAUUAGACGAAGUGUUCUCUUGGAACCAAAUAACUUAUGAUUUGGAUGGCGUUGUAUAUAAACAAAAUGCAGACUACAAAAGAACACCCAGCGGACUGCAUUUCGAGCAGGAAUUGGAGGAUUACGAAAAAUUCUUCAUUCAAUACAAUAAUGUGCCUAUUGGUUUCGAAGUUUAUGGCAAAAGGGUGAUUGUUACUGUACCGAGGCGACGAUAUGGCAUUCCCUCAACUCUAAACUUCGUGGAAAUAUCUCCAAAGAAGUCUCCACCGUUGAAGCGGUAUCCAGGGAGUGAGAACUUAAUAUCAGUAUACAGGCCCAGGAUAGAUCCCUGUGACAGACUUUGGAUGGUGGACACGGGACUCUUGGAAGUUCCUGGUAACAGAACUCAAGUGAAACAGCCAGCAAUAGUCGUAUACGAUUUAAAGACGGACAAACAGAUAUUGUAUUAUGAAUUGAAAAGUACUGAUUUAGUGAACGAGAGAUCUUCUGGAGGUUUAACAUCAAUAACCGUAGACGUAACAAAAGAUAACUGUGACGACGCACACGCAUAUAUCAAUGAUUUGGCGACAGAAGGAAUGGUUGUGUUUUCCUUAAAAAAUAGAGAUAGUUGGAGAAUCAGUCAUCCAACAUUCGUUCAUGAUGAAAAAUCAUUAAAUUUUACAGUUGCAGGCUACGUAAUAAAUUGGAAAGACGGUAUGUUCAGCAUCGCACUCUCAGAAUCCGAUGAAAAUGGAGAUAGAACAGCAUAUUAUCACCCUCUAGUAUCUACUGAGGAGUUUUCUGUUAACACUAAGUAUCUUAAAUCUGGCAACACUGCGCUCGAUAUAGAUAAGUUUAAGGUACUUGGCCCAAAAGGAUCUAAUACCCAAAGUGGAUCACAUGACUAUCAUUCUAAAACGAAGACGUUGUUCUUUUCGAAUGUCGCCCAAGACGCCAUUUUGUGUUGGAGAGUUGACAACAAGAUGGCGCCUGAGAAUAUAGGAAUUUCUAUUCAGGAUCAUAGGAAAUUAGUGUACAUUUCAGAUUUAAAAGUGAUAGGCGAUGAUGUGUGGGUUUUAGUCAAUAAAAUGCCGAUUUUUGUCUACUCAACGUUCAAUUUAAAUGAAAAUAACUUCUUCAUACACAGGAUCAACGUCAAAGAUCUUAUAAGAAACACGCCGUGUGCGAGAAAAAUG